AUGCAGCUUGGGGCAGGGGUGCCGCACGUUCCUGAUCAUGCAGAUGCGGACCUGGACAGUCCUCGCAAAAGGCCGGGAGAAUCCAAGCAGGUGGGGGCUCCGAACAAGGUCAAGAAGGCAGUGCCGAGUACAUCAGGUCUUGCAGGGGCGGUCUCAGGGGGAGACGGCAUCAGCCUUGCCAAUGUGACGCUGGGAGAUCUCAGAGGUUUGCUGGAAGAGCAGUCCCAGAAGAUUCUUCAGGCCAACAGGGAGCACACAGAAGGGCUGGUUAAGUCUCUCGAGGAGAGGCAUGACGCCAGGAUAUCGGAGGUGGAGACGGUGACUCGCACCCUUUCGGAUUCCAUGGACUCGCUGCAGGGGCGCUUGGCUCGUAUGGAGCAGCUUAUGAAAGGUGGAGGACAGGUCUUGGGGGAUGAACGUCGCAAGCAGACCCUCGUUUUCGGAGGGUGGGACAGAGACACCCGCCGUAACGUGAUCACCAGGGAACUGACGGAGGCCUUUGUUAAGCUGCACAUUACAGAUCAGGUAGAUGAGGAGGUCUUCACGACAGGGCCGAGGAGGAGCAUAGCCUUGUUAAACAUGCCCCUUCGCUUGCACGAGCUGGAGUCCGGCAGAAAGGCACGCAUGCAUCGGGUACUACUUGCGAUCAACGGAGCUAAUGCCACCACGUCCUCCGGGAAAAGGUUGUGGUGCUCCUACUCGAAGACCAAACAGGAGCGGGAGACUGGUGCACACUGCGCCUGGGUGAAAAGAUCUCUUGGGGCUAUUUCCGACACGCUGGCAGCAGAAGUGGACGUCGAGUAUGCCUCAGGGUCGGUGUGGAUGGGCGAAAGCCUGGUUGCAAGUGUGGUCAGGCAGCCAAUGAACGGGGCCAAAUCCGAGGAGAUGCUAGUCGAUUCCGCUGCCGAGACCUGCAAACCGUGGGUUGACCUUGGAGCCCUUUCCAAAGAAUCUCAGUGUGCGGUGGAAAAGCUGCGUGGGGCCCUCAUGGCCAACAAACGGGCCGGCGGGUCGGCCUCACAGCCACAAUACGAGGCUAAGGAUGGCACCCGGAGAUCGGCGGGCCAGGGAUGUUCAUCGGAAGGGAAAGGACUACAAGAAGGUUUUUCGGUGUACGGCUGGAACCUUGGCGGGGCUGAACUUGAGAACUUGACGGAGGCAGUGCGCCAAGGGACGGGCAAACCACUUUACAAAGGUGAUGUCGUGCUGCUUCAGGAGCUGCCCAGAGGGAAGGAUGGAUGGAGUAAGUGGCAUCAAGGGUCUUGGGUCGCGCUUUCACAUCAGCCGUCAGGUCAAUGGAGAGGUACAGGCAUCCUCUACAGCAAGGACGACUGGGCGAUCCUCCGGCGUCGACCAGCGGGCAAGGGUUCCUGGUUCAAGCUCCGUCGACUUAGCGACUCUCGAGAGCUCUGGUUGGGUACCUACCAUUUUACUCCAGGGUGUACAGUGGAUGUCUUCUCCUCUCAGGUUGACGAGUUCCUAUCGCAUGCCCCAAAAGGACAGGACCGCAUUGUGCUGCAGGGGGAUGCGAAUGCAUCAAUUGGCUGGGUGGAGAACUCUGGUCAGUGGGAAGCCAUAGGUAGGGAUGCCAAAGCCUUCAUCCUUUUGGAUCGUCUUGCGAAGCACGGGAUUUCCCUGGUCUCCCCUUUGGCACCCUACAGGGCCCUGCCGACUUCGCGACCCAGGCAGGAAGGCAGACAGGGACGCCAAAUCGACAUGAUGGGGGUCAGGCGCCUGCGACAUGAAGGGGUUACUAUCUUCAGGGACUCCUAUCUGACCCUGGGAACUGAUCACGAACUUCUCUGCGGGUCUUUCCGAGUUGUCGCCGGGAAAGAGGUUCCUCGAUUCCAGACUAAGCCGAGGGUGUGGACGGGCGGUCUUGACAGGGUUGACUUCGUAGACCAGGCUGUGCUGGAGGACCUUGCGCUCAGGUGUACCCGCCCGAAGGUCAGCCUAGCAUACAAGGACCCUGAAGCGGUCAAACUCCUUUUCAGAAAGGCCAAGCUUCUCAAGAGCGGGGAAGCCUGGAAGUGCGCGCUGGCUGCCCGAAAGGCUGCGAGACGGCAAUGGGAGGGUCAGAGGGAGACGAGAGCACUGCAGGGGGAUUGGCAGGCAUUCAGACAGUGCAAACCUCAGGCGAGACAGGGUUGGGAAGUCGACUUUGCGGACAGGCAGAGUCGGGAUCCUCGUGCGGCCAUCCAUGACCAUUUGAGCUCCAUCUACAAGGGACAGGGGCAAGACAUUCAACCGAUUUAUGACCCUAGCCAGGAGGUUGUGGCCUUUACGGUAGAUGAACUCCAGCAAGCGCUUGGGCAACUCAAGGGGUCGAAGUCGGUGGGCAGGGACCUUACGUCGAAGGAGCUUCUUACAGGACUUGUUAACACUGAAGGGGGGCAACAGCAUCUGCUGGAAUUUAUGAACAGGACCUUGGCAACCCAGAUAAUACCGGCUGAGUGGAAUAGGCCACUUCUGAUCGUCAUCCCCAAGCUCGACCAACCAGCUUCACCAGGUGACUUGAGGCCGAUUGCCCUCGGCAGCACAGGGGCUAAGCUCUUUUCGAGGAUGAUCCUGAACACGGUCAAGGAACGAGUGCCGUAUGUCAGCCACGCCCAGUGCGCAGGGAGUCAACGACAACCGUCGGACGUUAUCUUCUCCGUUUGGAGACUUCUCCAGUUGGAGAGAGAAUGGAAGACGGGGCUGGUUAUGGCUCAGAUUGACAUAAGCAAAGCUUUUGACACUCUUUCCCGCCAGAAGCCCCUCAGUAAACUACUGGAAGCCUUGGGCAACACAGCAGAGUACAGAUGUCUCCACAACCUCCUUUGUGGUACAGAAGCAACUCUACAGACGGUCUGGGGCUCAUCCACCUUUGAAAUGUUUACUGGAAUCAAACAAGGGGCCACAGAAUCCCCUCUCCUCUUCUCCUUCAUUAUGGAACAUGCUUUGCUAGAGGCACGCCAAAGCUACAGGGGAGUCAUGGCCAGACUUCAGGAGGAGGUCGGUACGAGCAUCUAA